GUUAGUAAUCCUACCCAGUAUCGGUAUGCCUAAGUAUGGUCUUGUUUUUCAGAACCGGUCGCUACGCUCUCCACUUUCAACAAAAAGGGGAUGAUUACGGUACUAUCCUGAGUUAUUUGCCCUGGCUGAAGGAUUACUUCCCAGAGGCAACCAACUAUCGCAUAAUGCGUGAAGCAAACCUUCGAAUGAUCGACCUGGUGGAAUCUGUUCUGAAACGGUACAUGGUUUCGUACGACGAAAAUCACAUCCGAUGCUUUCUCGACCGAUACAUUAAAGAGAUGAAUAACUCAACGCCGCUAGAAGGAGAAACUUUUACCUUUCAGUACGACCAAAUAGUAAUGAUCCUGUGGGACAUGUUACUACCCACGAUGUCGGGUUCGGCUAUACAACUAUCUAUGCUGUUGGAACGUCUCCUGUUGAAUCCCCACGUCAUCGACGAGGUACAACGAGAACUCGACGACAUUGUUGGCCGAGGACGGUUACCCACCCUAGAUGAUCGAGUUCAGCUACCAUAUACGGAAGCAACCAUACGGGAAGCAUUAUGCAUCGACACCCUGGUCCCGUCGGGAAUAGCACACGUUGCUCUAGAGAAUACAACGUUGCGCGGGUACGACAUUCCGAAGGGUACCUUCGUUAUGCUUGGACUGGACGUUAUUCACCACCAACGCGAGGUUUGGGGGGAUCCGGAAAACUUUCGACCGGAACGGUUCCUCGACGAACAGAGCAAACUAUCGCUGGCGAAAGAUGUAUCCGUUCCUUUUGGAGCGGGUAAGCGGCUAUGUGCCGGGGAAACUUUCUCCCGUAACACACUGUUUCUGAUGUUUUCUGCGAUAGUGCAAAAUUUUAAUCUACAUGUGCGACCGGGUGAUAAAUUGUCAGAUUUGGGCAAAAGAGUGACCGGUGUGGUUACUUCAACGGAACCGUUUUGGAUUAAUUUUGAGCCGAGAUGAGAAUGUACAAGUUGUACAGUCAAUCUGGCUGGUUCGAGUACUUUGAGUGUAAGCUCGGAAUAUCUACUUUACCUUAAGAUUUAAUGUUUGUUGAAAACUGAAGGUUUAAACGCACAAUAAGUUAUCUUCUCAUUAAUUUGCGAUACUUGAAGCACACAUGAUAACAAACUCACUCAUUUGUUGCCAAAAUCGGAGUGUGCCAAAAAGGGAGCAUGCCAAAAACGGAACGUGCCAAAAACGGAAUCUUACUGUAUUUAGAAUAUAUUUCUAAUUAUUUUCAAUUUAAUGCAACAUGGUAAUGAAAUUUUCACAUGAACUGUUCCACAAAAUUUGGAGUGUUAUUCGAGGAAUCAUUUUUAAUUUACGCACUUUUUCAUGAAAGGUCCAGCUGCUAGUGAUUAGUAAUAAGUA